AUGCGGAGCAUACACUAUCUCUUAUUCUUGACCACUCUAUCCCCCGCCUAUGGAGCGGCAUUACUAUCACGAGGUGCCCGAGAUGCCACUCCAACCCUAUCUUCAGCCGCCGAACCUACUCCAACCGUCCCUUACGCAAGUACUACUCCCAACGCCGUCCUAUGGGGCCCCGCCAGCUCAAACUCCGUCCCAAAACCCUUCCGUGGCAAAACCGGAGCCUCGGUUCUCGGACCAGACAACACUCCAAUCGAUUUACAGAACCCAGAUUUAUUCGCGCCUCCGAGUACUGAUAAUGGCGAUGUAGCUAAUUCUAAAUGGCCCUUCAGUAUGAGCCAUAUGCGUCUACAAACUGGCGGAUGGGCUAGGCAACAAAAUACUGAAAUGUUUCCGGUUGCUACUUCGAUGGCUGCAGUAGAUAUGAGAUUAGAGGCUGGUGCUAUUCGCGAACUGCAUUGGCAUUCCACCGCGGAGUGGGCGUAUGUGUUAAAGGGCACUACCCAGGUUACAUCUGUAGAUCAAGACGGUCGCAACUUCAUCGCUACAGUGAGACCUGGAGACCUUUGGUACUUCCCACCAGGAAUUCCUCAUUCACUUCAGGCCACGAACGAAUCCGUUGAAGGUUCAGAAUUUCUCUUGGUAUUCCCUGACGGUGCAUUCAGCGACGACGGUACAUUCUUGUUGACCGACUGGCUUGCGCAUGUACCUGCCGAAGUCAUCCGCAAGAACUUCGGUAUCACCAAUCCUGACGCCUUCUCGCGUAUCCCAAGCAAACAACUAUAUAUCUUCCCUGCAGCACCUCCCGCCGAUGAUGCAGAAGAUGUUUCUGAUCCCCAAGGCACAGUACCCCAGCCGUUCUUUUUCCCGUUUUCACAGAUGGCGCCGACUAAACUCGAGGGAGGCUCUGUGAAAAUUGCGGACUCGACAGUCUUUGAUGUUGCUACAAAGAUCGCAGUUGCGGAAGUCGAAGUAGAAGUGGGUGGAAUGAGGUGGUGGCACCCUACUCAAGACGAAUGGACCUUCGUGCUGGAAGGCGAAGCCCGGAUCACGAUCUUUGCCGCCAACAGCAACGCAAGAACGUUCAAUUUCCAAGCAGGGGACAUAGGCUUUAUCCCUGCUUCAUACGGCCAUUAUGUUGAGAACACAGGAAACGGCACUCUAAAAUAUCUAGAAGUUUUCAAUUCUGACCGUUUUCAAGAUAUUAGUUUGAAUCAAUGGCUAGCUCUGACGCCGCCGGCACUGGUGAAAGCGCAUCUUGGCUUAGACGACGAGACUAUUUCCUUGUUGAAGAAGGUGAAACCUACGGUUGUAGGGCCUCCCUCAAGCUUCAAAUGAACAAGAUAGAGUAUUAUUGGUCUUUCAUCUUGACAGCUGAGGACUACAUUUAGACUAGUAGAAUCUUAAAUACACUGAUCCCCCAAAUACGAACGUUUUUAGAAUGUCCUUGUUUUGCCCGUUUACGAUACGAAUGUAGAAUGGUUGCUUUAGAC